AGACUGUAUGCCACCUGUUGACAGUUAAGAAUUGGGUCUUCCGGGCACGGCGAAUUACCAGAAUUACCUUGAGGAAAACCAGUUGAUCCCAUUGAUUCAAGACUAGGGAUUAUCAUUCACACGGGUUCCACGUACCGAUAUUCAGAGACAACGAAAGGUCUUGGCGUUGUCAAUAGGAAAACCUCCUUAUAUCGGAGCUGAAUUCUGAAUUAUACUAUCAGAAAUACCACACACUCUGCCUGCCAUGGCACCCACGGAAACUGCACCUGAAGAGAAGAUUUCCAUCACGCCACUUCUUAAGAGGCUCUGGCAUGAAUCCCCCUCCACCAAACCCACAGCGGCUGAGAUAGCGGCUGCACUGGGACUCAUCUUCACCAAUAGCCUAUCAGACGUCCAGACGGGAGCGCUGUUAACAUGUCUCCAUUUUACGGACCUGGACAGACAAGCCGAUAUUCUGGCCAGGUGCGCCCAGGCCAUGCGAGACUUCGCAACGGAGGUCGACAUUGAGGGUUUGUCCAAGGUUAUUGAGCAGAGAGGAAGGAAGGAAGGCAAUUACCAUGGAGGGCUGUGUGAUAUCGUUGGUACAGGGGGUGACUCUCACAAUACGUUCAACAUAUCCACCACGUCAAGUAUCCUGGCCUCAUCUCUCCUGCUCAUCGCCAAACACGGCAACAAAGCUUCAACAUCCCGAUCCGGAUCCGCGGACCUCCUUUCCUGUGUUGUGCCGAAGUCGCCAGUCAUCUCAGCCGUCACUCCCGCCACUAUCAAAGAGGUCUACUCCGCGACCAAUUAUGCCUUCCUCUUCGCUCCAAUCUUCCAUCCGGGAGCUCGUCAUGCCGCAAGUAUCCGAAGGCAACUUGGCUGGAGAACCAUUUUCAAUCUGCUCGGACCCCUGGCAAACCCUCUCCACGAGCUCAUAGAAGCGCGAGUGCUCGGAGUUGCACGUAAAGAGAUUGGACCUGACUUUGCAGAAUCCCUGCGCCAGUCUGGUUGCAAGAAGGGCAUGAUUAUCUGUGGUGAUGAAGAGCUGGAUGAGCUUUCGUGUGCAGGCCCAACGCACUGCUGGCGACUGGUAGAGAACCCCACCACCAAGGAAGUCGAUAUCAAAUACUUCACAGUAUCACCGGCCGACUUUGGCCUGCCCACUCACCCGCUGAGCGAGGUAUCUCCCGGACAAAGCCCCGAGAAGAAUGCGGAGAUUCUCAUAAGGAUAUUGAGAGGGGAUGUUCCACCUGAUGACCCCAUUCUGCACUUCGUUUUGAUCAAUACUGCAGCACUUCUGGUGGUCUCGGGUAUCUGUGAUGCAGACGAGAGCAACAUGGGCCACAGCGAUGACGGCCAAGCCAUCAAAGAGGUAGGUCCCGGUGGUGGCAGAUGGAAAGAGGGCGUACGGAGAGCAAAGUGGGCUCUAACGAGCGGAGAGGCGUACAGGCAGUGGGAGGCAUUUGUCGAAGUGACGAACAAGCUGGCCUAAUAAGUUCUCAUGUCAGUUCGCGCGAUUCUACCGAAGGAUCUUUCUUAAGCCGGGAUCAUUUGCUUCAUCUUGCUAGUCCUCUACCCCUGAGUUUAUCAACAUCCGAUGUGAACCCUUGUUGCUCGCUAUUAUAUAUAAACGGACUUGCCUAUAACGGCAUAACUCCAGGAACCGCUGCGGAAGCCGUCCCUCGGUACAACGGUGUACCGACAACGUCAUGUCUACCACUGUUACAAACAAACCCACGCUCUCAACCCACAUCUCCACCUCCCCAAGUACUACGAAAAUGGACGUCACUGCACCUAUAAAUCCAUCCGAUCUUUUCUCCGCCAAAGGUCUUUUAGUCG